AUGGACUACCUGCUCUCCGGCUUAGCUGUUCUAUUGACGUACUGGACUGGCCUUGUCAUCUAUCGACUCUACCUCAGCCCAUUGGCGCAUCUGCCUGGUCCUCGCCUUGCUGCUGCAACAUCAUGGUACCACACCUAUCACGAUCUCGUACGCGGUGGCCAGUAUGUCUUUGUUAUAGAAGAAAUGCAUCGCAAGUAUGGUCCGAUCGUGAGAGUCAGGCCAGAUACGGUGCACGUCUCGGACCCACGUUUCAUCGAGAAGCUGUACACCCAAUCACCUAAACAAAGACGAGAGCGAUACUACACUAUACUCCAGCUUUUGCAGGCUCCUGGUAGUAUUUUGGCGACCAACGACCACGAUGCGCAUCGACAGCGGCGAGCAGUGCUGAACCCAUACUUCUCGCAGCAGAAUGUGCGUCGACUGGAGCCAUUGAUUAACGAUGUCCUUGCGAACCUCUUGCGGCGAUACGAAGGAUGGGCUGCGGAAGGUGCAACCGUGCAGAUGAAUACCGUGUUCCGAGCCGCGACGAAGGACAUCAUCCAAGCAUACGCUCUUGGUGAGGGACAGAAGCUGCUGGACAAGGAGGACUGUGACGCUGCCUUCUUUGAUGUGAUGACUCCGCAGAGGAUCAGUUAUCUUGGAACGCACUUCUACUGGUUGGCAUUGAUGUUAGCGAGAAUGCCUCCCGCGAUCAUGAUACGGUUGGUACCUCGUAUCGCUGUGUUCAUCCACUUCAUGGAGGAUCUUACAGCGAAGAUCGAGACCAUACGAAGUGCCAAAGAACAUCCUGAAGGCAAGACGAUAUUCCACGAAAUUAUGCGAAGCAAGGAUCUGCCACCGUCAGAGAAAGAGACUCAACGCCUUGCCGAUGAAGCUAUGGUAAUCCUCAUAGCUGGUUCCGAGACCACCGCUUCGACCCUGACGGCCAUAAUGUACCACAUGCUGAGUGACCGAAAGAUGCUCGAUCGCCUGAAGUCAGAGCUUAGGACUGUUAUGUCUGAUAGCGAAAGCUCAAUACCCAGCGCUGCAAAUAUCGACAAUCUGCCAUACUUGAAUGCCAUCAUACAGGAAGCUAUUCGAUUAUAUCCUGGUGCCUCCCACCGCCAAGAUCGAUGCGCGCCGGACGAGGACCUUACUUAUGUGAACCACGCGACCGGGCAGCGAUAUGUUAUACCCGCUGGCACAGGUGUAGGCAUGACGGCACCCAUCACUAAUCGCGACAGAACUAUCUACGGCGCAACUGCGGAUGAGUUCAUACCGGAUCGUUACCUUGAGGACCCUAAGCUGCGGAAAUGGCAGUUCUCAUUCUCGAAAGGUACUCGGCAAUGUAUCGGCAUGAACCUCGCGUACCAGGAGCUGCAGACUCUCAUUGCAGGUAUUUUCCACAAGUACGAUCUGUAUGACCCGACGAAGGAGAAACAGAGUGGUCCGACGCUGGAGUUGUACAAGACAGAGAAACGCGACAUUGCAAUGUAUGCUGACUACAUGACACCUGCUCCACCCCCAGGCAGUCAAGGACUGCGGGUAGUGAUCCGGCAUUGA